UGCUUUGUGGAGCUGUCAAGGCCCAGGCUCUGGGAGGGGGACGCAGGGAGGCCAGGCAAGGAAGGGGUGACCUGGAGGGACAGACCCAGGGGCUGAAGUGCAGCCCAGGGACUGGGCCAGAGAGCACCGGCCCCUUCUUGCCCUAUCAGGACCUCCACUGCCAUACAGAGACCAUGAUUGACCUCAGACAAAGGGCUGGUGUCCAAUCCCAGCCCCCAGCCCCAGAACUCCAGGGAAUGAAUGGGCAGAGAGCAGGAAUGUGGGACAUCUGUGUUCGAGGGGAGGAGUCCAGGGGUCUGCUGGGAAUGGGACCUAGUCGGAAACUAUGAUAUAGGCGCCCCUUGAGGAUAUGGAACAGGUUUGUUCUUCACCAAAUUCCCAGCACCUUGCAGGCACUUACAGCUGAGUGACAGAAGGCCUGGGUUAUGAAAUCAAAAAGCUGGAAGGCAGGUCAGAGGUAACCUGGUACAGCCCUUCCUUUUUUUUUUUUUUGAGACAGGGUCUUUCUCUGUUGCCCAGGCUGGAGUGGUGCAAACACAGCUCACUGCAGCCUCAACCUACUGGGCUCAAGUAAUCCUCCCACCUCAGCCUCCCAAAGUGCUGGGAUUACAAGUAUGACCCAUCCCACCCUGCCCUUCCCUUCCUUUUUAAUUGAUGCAUAAUAAUUGUAAGUAUUCAUUGUAGUCCAACCAACCCUUCUUGACCCACCUUCCUAAAGAGAGGGUCCUCUUGCCUCAGUGGUCAGGGCCCCGGGCCCAUGGUCUGGCUCCAGGCACCACCUGCCUCAUGCAGGAGUUGGCAUGCCCAGGGAGCCCUGCCUCUGGGCACAGUGACCUCAAUGGGGUGAGAGGAGCUCUCCCCAUAGCUGGGCUUCGGCCCAACCCCACCCCCUCAGGCUAUGCCGGGGGCGUUGCCAGGGGCAGCGGGCAUUGCCAGCCCAGCCCACUCCUUCAUAAAGCCCUCAUGUCCCAGGAGCGAGUAGAGCCAGGGCAGGAUGGAGAGGAGACGCAUCACCUCUGCUGCUCGCCGCUCCUAUGUCUCCCAGGGGGAGAUGAUGGUGGGGGGCCUGGCUUCCCGUCGUCUGGGUCCUGGCACCCGCCUCUCCCUGGCUCGAAUGCCCCCUCCACUCCCGACUCGAGUGGACUUCUCCCUGGCUGGGGCACUCAAUGCUGGCUUCAAGGAGACCCGGGCCAGUGAGCGGGCAGAGAUGAUGGAGCUCAAUGACCGCUUUGCCAGCUACAUCGAGAAGGUUCGCUUCCUGGAACAGCAAAACAAGGCACUGGCUGCUGAGCUGAACCAGCUGCGGGCCAAGGAGCCCACCAAGCUGGCCGACGUCUACCAGGCUGAGCUGCGAGAGCUGCGGGUGCGGCUCGAUCAACUCACCGCCAACAGCGCCCGGCUGGAGGUCGAGAGGGACAAUCUGGCACAGGACCUGGGCACUGUGAGGCAGAAGCUCCAGGAUGAAACCAACCUGAGGCUGGAAGCGGAGAAUAACCUGGCUGCCUAUAGACAGGAAGCAGAUGAAGCCACCCUGGCCCGUCUGGAUCUGGAGAGAAAGAUUGAGUCGCUGGAGGAGGAGAUCCGGUUCUUGAGGAAGAUCCAUGAGGAGGAGGUUCGGGAACUCCAGGAGCAGCUGGCCCGACAGCAGGUCCACGUGGAGUUGGACGUGGCCAAGCCAGACCUUACCGCAGCCCUGAAAGAGAUCCGCACGCAGUAUGAGGCAAUGGCGUCCAGCAACAUGCAUGAAGCCGAGGAGUGGUACCGCUCCAAGUUUGCAGACCUGACAGACGCUGCUGCCCGCAAUGCGGAGCUGCUCCGCCAGGCCAAGCACGAGGCUAACGACUACCGGCGCCAGUUGCAGUCCUUGACCUGCGACCUGGAGUCUCUGCGCGGCACGAACGAGUCCCUGGAGAGGCAGAUGCGCGAGCAGGAGGAGCGCCACGCGCGGGAGGCUGCCAGUUACCAGGAGGCGCUGGCGCGGCUGGAGGAAGAGGGGCAGAGCCUCAAGGACGAGAUGGCCCGCCACUUGCAGGAGUACCAGGACCUGCUCAACGUCAAGCUGGCCCUGGACAUCGAGAUCGCCACCUACAGGAAGCUGCUGGAGGGCGAGGAGAACCGCAUCACCAUUCCUGUGCAGACCUUCUCCAACCUGCAGAUCCGAGGGGGCAAACGCACCAAAGACGGGGAAAAUCACAAGGUCACAAGACAUCUCAAAAGCCUCACAAUACAAGUUAUACCAAUACAGGCUCACCAGAUUGUAAAUGGAGCGCCGCCAGCUCGUGAAACCAGCCUGGACACCAAGUCUGUGUCAGAAGGCCACCUCAAGAGGAACAUCGUGGUGAAGACUGUAGAGAUGCGGGAUGGAGAGGUCAUUAAGGAGUCCAAGCAGGAGCACAAGGAUGUGAUGUGAGGUGGGACCCAGCUGGUGGCCUCUGCUCCAUCGCAUGAGGGGCUCAAGGAGGAGCAGGAUAGUUGCUCCUUCUCUGCUGGCGCCUUUCCCCAGACCUGAGCUCCCACCGCCCCAGCUGCUCCCCUCCCUCCUUGUCUCUUGGCCAGCUAGCUGCUCUAGGCUCCGUCUGCAUUAGGCCUGCCAGACAGCACCCACCCAGCACCCAGCGACUCUAACUAACAAGGCACUCACCCCCAAGGGGCAGUCUGGAGGGGCAUGGCCAGCAGCUUGAGUUAGAAUGAGGAGGAAGGAGAGAAGGGGAGGAGGGCGGGGGACCAAAUACAUCGCCCUCCACAUCCCUGAUCCCUGUUGUUAUGGCAACUGUUUCCAGAAUUGGAGGUUCUCUCUGGGUAUCUGGGAACUGUGCCUUUGAGUUUCCUCAGACUGCUGGAGGAAAACUGAGCCUCAGACAGGAAAGGGAGGUCCCCACAGACAAGGUAGCCCUGGCCAGAGGCUUGUUUUGUUUUUUGUUGUUUUUGAGGCGGGGUCUCCCUAUGCUGCCCAGGCUGGCCUUGAACUCCUGGGCUCAAGCAAUUUUCCCACCUCAGCCUCCUGUAUAGCUGGAUUGUAGCCUCAAGCCAUCGUGCCCAGCUCAGAGGGUUAUUCUUCUAGACAGACCCUGAUCAGUCUAAGAUGGGUGGGGACGUCCUGCCACCUGGGGCAGGCACCUGCCCAGAUCCCAGAGGAACCUCCUGAGCCAUGACUCAAAUGUCUCAGGCCCCCUGAGCUGCCAUCCAGGGACCCUGUCUGUGGGCACACUGUGCGCAGGUGGGAGCUUGAUUCUCAGCACUUGGGGGAUCUGUAGUGUAUGUGGAGAGGGAUGGGGUGCUGCGAGGGAUAGAGGGGGGCUGCCUGGCCCCCAGCUGUGGGUACAGAAAGGUCAAGCCCAGGAAGACUGCCCCGUGCAGACUGGAGGGGACGCUGGUAGAGAUGGUGGAGGAGGCAAUUAAGUCGGCGCUAGACAUCCAGAUGGGGGUUGUGGGUGACCAGUUGCACUUGGCCUCUGAGUUGUGGGAAUUAAGAAAGUGACUCAUCCUCUUGAAGAUGCUGAAACAGGAGAGAAAGGGGAUGUAUCCAUGGGGGCAGGGCAUGACUUUGUCCCAGUUCUAAAGGCCUCUUCCUUGCUGUGUCAUCCCAGGCCGCCCCAGCCUCUGAGCCCCUGGGACUGCUGCUUCUUUACCCCAGUAAGCCACUGCCACACGCCUGACCAUCUCCACCCCAGAGUGACCGGCUGCUUUUCCCUAAGCCAAGGGCCUCUUGUGGUCCCUUCUUACUCACAUGCAAAAUGUAUCCAGUAUUUUAGGUAGCGCCCUAUUGUACAAUUUGUAAAACUGAGGCGCGAGCAAAGUGAAGAUACUGGCUCAUAUUCCUGCAGCCUGGAGGCCGGGUGCUCAGGGCUGACACGUCCCCACCCCAGCGUACCCACUCUGCUUUAACUGGGCAGACUGGUGGGAUCUGUGCCCAGAAAUGGGACUGAGAGGGCCCACUUCAGGGUUCUCCUCUCCCCUCUAAGGCCGAAGAAGGGUCUUUCUCUCUCCCCAAGACUUGGUGUCCUUUCCCUCCGCUCCUUCCUGCCACCUGCUGCUAAUCUUCAGGGCACUGCUGCUGCCUUUAGUUACUGAGGAAAAAUAAAGACCGCUGCGCCUUUCCCC